AUGAAUAAUGAACUUAAAAUUUAUAAAACUGAGUAGCAAAAUCUCAUAAUUACAACAGACAGAGAGGAUUAGGAGAGUUGGUUUGGGAAAUUGUUUUACUUAAACAUUUAUUCACUGAUGAAAAAUGCUUAAUCCCAUUAGUUAAAUGAAGAAGAAUUGGAAGAAUAUUUUACCUAAUAAUCAUCGGAGUCUCUGCAUGAAUAAUUUUCAGAACUCUAAAAAUAAAACUUACACUCUAGUUUAACAAUAUAGCUGUUAAAGUUUUUUGUUAAAAGGUUCUUUAAAAUAUAUUGCAUACAACUCAUCCAAUUGGGUAGUCAACUUUUAAUACCAUUGAUAAUCCAAUAUGUGUUGACAUAUGUUUCUAAAACUGACAAAAAAACAUCAGAUGGAUUAAUUCUGAUUUGCAUUAUUUUUGCAGUAAGAAUUAUAGGAAUACUAUCAUAAACUCACUCAAAAUUGAUGUUAAUAUUAGCUGGACAAGAUGCUAUGGCAAUAGUGAGUAUGUAGGUUAUGAAUAAAUGCUUAAAAUUAUCAACUCUGAGCAACACUUAACGUACAGUAGGAGAAAUAACAAAUUUAAUUUAAGUAGAUGCAUAAAAAAUGGUAUAUGCAUCCAAUAAUCUAUUGAAUGUCUCAAUCAUUCCAAUAUAAGCAUUGAUUACGUUGAUAUACAUCUAUCGAGAAAUUGGAAAUACUGUAUUUGUUGGUAUUAUCAUAAUAAUUUUAACUUUUAUUGCGAAUAAUUUCCUUGGGAAAUAGUUGCUAUUGUCUCAGAAAGCCGUACUCAAAAGCAAGGAUGAUAGGAUCAAACAGACCAAUGAGGUUUUCUAAUAAAUUAAAUUCAUAAAAAUAAAUGCAUACGAAUCGAUAUUUUAAACUAAAAUAGAGUAACUGAGAGAGGCAGAAAGAAUAUGUAUAAAGAAGAGAUUGGAUCAUUUCUCCUUUAAUGUAUUUUUCGGUUGGCUUACUCCUUAAUUGAUAUUAAGUUUGAGCUUUGGAGUUUAUGUUUAUUUGGGAAAUGAAUUAACUCCUAGUAAAGUAUUCCCCAUAAUCAGUUUGCUAUUGAUGUUGGCAUCCAAUUUAUAAAUAUUACCAAUUUCAUAUAAUUCAUUACAAGAAGCAUUGCUAUCAUUAAAAAGAGUAUCAGCAUUUUUGUAGACUGAUGAAAUCAUGAAUAAAUGCAUAGAGUAACUAGAUUAUAGAGAUCCUAACAUUGCCAUAAAAAUAGAACAAGGUAAUUUUCAUUGGAACAGAAGUCAAAUUCAAAAGGAAAGUUUCCCAGUCCUCAAGAAUAUCUCCUUAAUCAUUCAGCCAGGUUAGUUCGUUUCUUUGAUUGGAGAUAUUGGCAGUGGCAAGUCUUCUCUAAUCUAAGCUCUUAUAGGAGAGAUGGUUUACAAAGAGAAGGACUAAUAACCAUACAUUUAAACAUAUGGGAAUAUAGCGUAUGUUGGAUAGAAGGCUUGGAUAUAGAAUGGGAGUGUCAAGGAGAAUAUUUUAUUUGGUAAAGAGUUUCAUUAAGCAUCUUAUGACAAUGCUAUCUAUUAUUCAUGCUUAAAUCAAGAUCUAGAAAUCUUAAUAGAUGGAGAUGCGACUACUAUUGGAGAAAAGGGAAUCAAUCUAUCAGGAGGUUAGAAAGCAAGAAUAAGCUUAGCAAGAGCAAUCUAUUGUGAUGCCUCUAUAUACUUAUUAGAUGAUCCAUUAAGUGCUGUUGACAUACAUGUUGGUAAUUUUAUAAUGAAGGAAUGUUUUCUCAAUUAUUUAAAGGAGAAAACAAGAGUGUUAUCCACUCAUGCUUUGAGCUUUUGUCAGUAUACAGAUAUGAUCUAUCUUCUUUAAAAUGGGGAGAUUAUAGAUUCAGGGGAUUAUCAAUAUAUGAAAUAUAACUAAAAGUUUUUAGAAAUAGAAUAAAAGUUUAAAGAUAAAGCAGAAGAACAUAUAGAAAAUGACAACUAAAAAGAUUAAACUAAAAAUGAUGUCUCAAAUAUGAAUACAUCUUCUGCAACCAAAAAGUAGAAGGAAUUCAAAGAUCCCGAGGAUUUAAUUUUGAAGGAAGAUCGAUAAUCUGGUGAUAUUAAUAUUUCUGUUUAUCAGAAAUAUUUUCUAUAUAAUGGAGGUUAUAAAAAUUAUUUGCUCUUAUUUAUAGUAAUGUUAAUGUGGAUCAUUGCUUAGUUAUUCUCUACUCUUUGGAUCGCACAUUGGUCAGAUGAUUUAUAUAACUAAGAUUACAGUCCAAAGACUUAUAUGAUUGUCUAUUUCUGUGUUGGAGUAUUCUAAGCAGUUUUGGCGUAUGGAAGAGCAGCGUCUAUUGCUAAUUCAAGUGUCAAAUCCACAACCAUAAUUCAUAAUCAAAUAAUUAAAAGUUUACUUAUGGCUCCUCAAUGUGAAUUCUUUGAAAGGGUACCUACAGGUAGAAUCAUGAACAGAUUAACUAAGGAUAUCAAUUCUUUAGAUAUAGAAAUCAAUAUGAAUUUGAGUUUUGCAUCGACUAAAAUAAGUUAAAUUGUGAGUUCAUCCAUAAUUGGCUUAAUAGCUACAACCAGGUUGAUAAUAAUACCAUUACUUUUGUUCUUCUAUAUAGGUAUCAAGAUUUAAAGAAUUUACAUGAAAGCUAGUAGGGAAAUGCAAAGACUAGAAUUGAUUAGCAAAAGUCCAAUAUUGAGUUAUUUUGUAGAAUCAUUACAAGGUCUAUCAACUAUACGAGCCUUUUAAAAAUCCUUUUUAUUCUUGAAUAAUUUCUGUCAAAAAUUAGAUAGAAAUAGAUAAAUUGUAUUUGUUUCCACUCAUGCUAGUUGCUGGUUUAAUCAAAUAUUAGGAUUCUUAAGUUUAACUGUUAAUAUGUUCGCUAUUAUAUAUUGUAUACUUUAUUCUAAUAAUGCUUCAUUUGCUGGGUUAAUUUUAACUUAUGUAUCAAACCUAGAUAUUAAUACUUAGCAAAUGAUUGAUUCAUUGGGAUUGGUAGAAAAUAAUAUGAUUUCAUUUGAAAGAUGUCUAGAUUUUACAAAAAUACCUUAAGAAAAGCAAAAUCAAAAUGAACCACCUAGGAAUUGGCCAAAUACUGGGAAGAUAGAAUUUAAGGAAUUAUCUGUUAGAUACAGACCGAAUUUACCAUUUGCGUUGAAGGAAUUUUCAUAUACUAUAAAUUAAAAUGAAAAAAUUGGAAUUGUUGGUAGAACAGGAGCAGGAAAAUCUACAAUUACACUUAGUCUAAUUAGAAUGUUGGAGGCUUAUGAAGGUCAAGUGAUAAUUGAUGGCAUUGACAUAUCCUAAAUUUCUUUGGAGAAACUCAGAACAUCCAUUACAUCUAUUUAAUAGGAUGCUGUCAUUUUUCAUGGAACUAUACGAUAAAACCUAGAUCCUGCAGGAUAGUGCCAUGAUGAUGAGAUUAAAACAGUGUUAAAUGAUUGUUGCUUAGAGAAACUUUUCAAUGAAAGAAAUGGUUUGGAUACAAUGAUAAAUGAAAGUGGCGAUAAUUUAAGUGCAGGAGAGAAAUAGUUGAUUUGCAUAGCAAGAGCCAUCCUCAAAAAAGCUAAAAUUAUCUUAAUUGAUGAGGCAACAGCCAAUAUAGAUAUGGAGACUGAGGAGAAAAUCCAAAAAGCUAUUGCAAUUGCUUUCAGAGAUUGUACAGUAAUUGCAAUUGCUCAUCGCAUUAAUACAAUUUUGAAGUGUGAUAAAAUACUUGUCAUUGAUAAUGGCCAAAUAAUUGAAUCUGGAGUUACCAAAGAUUUACUAAAUAAUAAAUCCUCUAUUUUUUAUAAUAUGUAUUAAGAAGUAAUGAAUGGUUAAUAAUUGAUUAAAUAAUUCUGA